AUGUCAUCAAAGAGUGGUACUACAACUGCCACACCUUCUAAAUCAUCAUCAGUAACAUCUACAUCUUCAACAACAACAAACAACAAUGAAAAGAGUAACAAAGAAUUAAAAAAAGAGAAAAAGGAAUUAGAAAAGAUAGAAAAGGCACAAGCAAAGGAACUAAAGAAAGAGAAACGUGUCAAGGAGAAACAGGCAAAGAAAGAUCUCAAAGCAGCAAAGAAACAUAGACGAACAGGCAGCAACCUGUCAUCUGCAGCCGAUGAAGACGACUCUGACACUGACGACGGAUCGUUGACGUCGUCGACCAACAAUGCCGAUGACCUAUCUACUAGUGGGACAGGAGUGACUAUCUCAUUGGAGAGCAACAGAGGUAUCUACUCGACACUAGACCAACAGGAAAAGACAAACAUUAUAUCAGAGCGAGAGAUCUUUAGCUCUGAAUCGUUUCUGAUUGCACUCUCGGAUACCGAUCAUUUGGGACCUGCCAUCAAAUCAGUAUUUGAAAACAACAAGGAACAAGAGGUCAUCCAAACACUAGAGACCUAUAUCGAACAAAAGAAUAGUGAUAUUGAAAAGAUUUGUGGAGACAAUCAUGAAGGAUUUAUUAAUUCGGUCACUGCCUUUUUGGCACUCAAGCAAGACAAUACCUCUCUCAAACACUCGGUCAUCACACUCAACGACCAACUUCAAGACAGUGGUAAACGAUUCGUUGAAAAGGCUGAUCAGCUAUUCACAUGUAAACGCGAAAAAGAUAAUAUAAGAAAGACAAAAGAAAUCAUUAAUAAUUGUCAAUACGCAAUCUUGUUGGGAAUGAAGAUUGAAGAAUAUAUCAAAGAGAAACGUUAUUAUCUUGCAAUCAAAAAUAUGGAUCAAUUACAUAAUGUUUAUUUAAAACGUUUAAAAGAUUUCCAAUUUGCAAGAAAUAUGGAUCAAUCAUCAAAGAUUGGUAGAUUUGGUAUGAUUCAAUCUGCCAAGAAAUUGGAAAAGGAAAGAGAAAUCAAUCCUCUUAAAAUCAAGACAUCAUUUGGUGAAAGUGAAACUACUUGGGAUAAUAUCCUUGAUAUACCUGUAAAUGAUAAUCCAAGUAUUAUUGGUUAUUUAUCAACUACUACAAAUAGACAAGAAGCUUCAUCACCAUCUUUAAUUAAAAAGGAUGAUUUAGGUAAUGAUGAAAUUAGUCAAGUUUCACCAUUUGAUGAAGCAAAAAUAGAUUUCCAUCCAUUAUAUCAAUGUUUAUUUAUUUUUUCAAAUCUUGGAUUAUUAGAAGAAUUCCAAGCAUAUUAUACAAUGAAUAGAUUGUUACAAUUUAAUUUGGUGAUUCAACCAAAGGAGAUUGGACAAGUAUGGGAAAGUUUCUUACAACAAAUAGCAGGAUACUUUAUGAUUGAAAGUAAGGUAAUGGAUUCGACACACCCAUACCUCUCGAAAACCACUAUCAACGAUUGUUGGAAUACUGCAUUGGUUAAAAUCACCUCUCUCUUACAGGAAUUGGUUACUCAUUGUCAUGACACUCAAUCAUUGAUUGCAUUUAAAAAGUUUGUUUUGGUUUUCACCAAUACUCUUUCUUUUUAUUCGUAUCAUGUUCAACCAUUAUUCUAUCUAUUAGAGACUAUGAAGGAAAAGUAUUGUCAAUUUGCCAUCAAGGAAGGUGUCGAUUUGUUUACACGUAUAUUGGAAAACGAAUCAAAUAUCAAUCUAUAUAUCGAGACGAAACAAGAUUACGACACACUCAUCAAAUCAAACAAUUUGGACAAAAUCUAUGGUUCCGAUCAAGAAUCAUCUGAACAAAAAGAAAAAUCAAAAGAAAAGGAAUUAUUAUUAAAUACCAAUACUAGUAAUACUACAAGUCCUCUAUUUGAUCCAAUUUCAAAUCUAAAUAAUGAUAUUGAAGUUUUAUUACCAAAAUCAUUUGAAUUUUCAAAAUUGGUACCACAAUUUUAUACUUUGAUUAAAAAGUUUAUAUCAGAGUUUUACGAAUUUGCAGAUCAAUUGACAGAGAAUGAAAACUUUAUUAUUAGAUCGACCGAUACAUUGAUCAAAAAGAUCAAUGAAGUAUUACAUAACCACCUCACCCUAUCACAAGCAGUGCCACAGGUUUGUCAAUUGGUGAUCAACCUUCACCACCUAUUGCAUGCAUGCAACUUUUUCAAAGACUAUCUCAAUUCUCUUAUUCUUGGUGAUAAUAAGGGAGGCAUUGAAAACCUUUCACAAAAUGUCAAAGUUACUCUUUCCUCUUCCAACCAAAUCUAUACUACCAAGGGUAUUGGAGAGAAAUUAAUCAUCAAACUUUGUGAAAAAAAUAUUGAUGAUUUAAUGUCAUCUUCUGCUAAUAUUAAUUGGGCUCCAAAUGCUUCAGAUGAUAGACCAAGAGAAUAUGUUGAUGAUGUUUGUAUAUUUUUAGAUGUUACUAUACCAUUUGUAUUACCAUUAUCUCCAACAUUGAGAGAAGAAUUUAUGACAAAGUCAUUUAAAAAGAUUUCUGAAACUUUAUAUAAUAUAUUAUUUAGUGAAUCAAUUAAAAGAAUUAAUUUAAUUGGUGUAAAAUGGUUUAAUACAGAUUUAAAGAGAAUUGAAGAAUUUGCAAAGAUUAAAGCAAGUGAAAAGGAAAGAAACACGACAUCUAGUAGAAAUAUUGUUGGUUAUUUCUAUGAAAUCAGACAAGUUGUCAAUCUCUUAUUGUCAGACAACCCAGAAGAAUUUGCAGAUCCCAAAACAAAAUCUAGAAAUUAUAAUCUUAUCACCAACAUUCCACAAAUCAUUGCACUCUUUCAAAAAUACAAAGAAGAAUCAAGUCUUUUUGGUCAAACAUCUGGUAACCAAAGAAAUACAAAGAUUUCAAAUGCAAUUAAAAAGUUUAAGGAAAUGCAAUAA